AUGGCAACAGAGAGACAAUUGCUACUCCGAAAUAACAGCAGCGAUAUUAUUUCGCCAACUGCAGAGAAUGUUCACCAGCCAGAUUAUUACAACUAUUGGUCGUUGUUUAUAAUAUUAUUUUCACUCGUAACCGUAUUUGGAAACGUUUUGGUAUGUCUAGCGGUGUUUCGUGAAAAAUCACUGCGUAAUAUCACAAACUAUUUUAUCGUCAGUCUCGCGGUUGCCGACCUCUCAGUAGGUUUGCUGGUCAUGCCUGUCGCAAUAUACGUCGAGAUAAAUGGCGGGUUUUGGUAUCUGGGCCAUACACUGUGUGACUUCUGGGUAACUAUGGAUGUUAUGUCUUGCACCGCAUCCAUCUUCAACCUAUGUGCAAUUAGUCUUGAUCGACUAUAUGCUGUGUCCAAACCACUGCAGUAUGCCAGACAACGUUCAACUCAGCGCGCUCUCGUUACCAUAGCAAUUGUCUGGAUGAUAUCAUUUAUAAUAUCGUGUCCAGUUCUGUUCGGUGUCAAUAAUGUACCAAAUCGUGUUCCUGAACUAUGUAUCUUGUUUAACGGGCCGUACAUGGUAUGGAGUUCGGUGUUUUCAUUCGUCAUCCCAGCCUUCAUAAUGUCUAUAGUAUAUAUACUCGUGUACGUGGCUAUUAAAAAUCGUGUUACAAGGAUAGGAAUCGGAGGUACUACAAUGGCUAAACAUAAUAGAACAGAAGUAUCUGAUUUGCCUCAAUCGGACGAACCAACCCAGGACACUGUUCAUGAACCUGAUCCAACUGGGCAGAUACAGAAUAAUACGGACGGCACUGGAGGUAACGCUACCUUACAGAGACCACAAAAUGCGUUAGGUCGACAACAUUCAAGGUCGACUUUCCCUAAUGUGAAACCAAAUAAAUUUUCAAUGAGGAGAGAAAGAAAAGCGACGAAAACUCUGGCCAUAGUAUUAGGUGUCUUUUUGAUCUGUUGGAUUCCAUUCUUCACCCUGAACAUCUUGUUUGGUGUAUGUCCUACUUGUACAGCGCCUCAUACGUCAUCCAGAGCUCUGUUUCUGGGGUACAUUAAUAGUACGAUGAACCCCAUCAUAUACACAGUGUUCAACAAUGAAUUUAGGCGAGCUUUUAAGAAGAUAAUUCUCUGCAGCAAAUCAUAA